AUGGGGUGGGGGUGUGGGGGGGGGUGUGGGUGGGUGUGGUGGGGGAUGUUGGGGUGGUUGGGGAGGGGGGGUAUUAGGGGGGGGGGGUUGGUAGGGGGGGGGGGGGGGGGGGGGGGGGUGUAUUUUUGGGGGGGGGGGGGGGGGGGGGGGGGGGGGGGGGGGGGGGGGGGGGGGGGGGGGGGGGGGUGGUUGGGGUGGUGGGGGGGGGGGGGGUGGUGGGUGGUGGGGGUUUGUUGGUGUUGGGGGGUAUGUGGGAUUAGUUGGAUGGGGGGGAUGGGGGGGUGUUUGGUUGGGGGGGUUUGUUUUUUGGGAGGUGGGGGGGGGGGGGGGUGGGGCGUGGGGGGGGGGGGUGUUUGGGGGGGGGGUUUGAUGUAUUUGGGGGGGGUGGGGUGGGUGGGUUGGUGGGGGUGGAAUGUGGAUAAUGGGGGAAGUGAGGGGGUGGGGGGGGGGGGGGAAUGGUGUAUGGUUGGGGGUAUUGUAUGGGGUGUUUUGGGAAUUUAUGAGUAUUUUAUGGUUCUUUUUUUUGGGGGGUGGGUGUGGGAGGGCGGGGGGGGGAGAAAGAGGGAGAAGAGGGGAAAUUAUAUAUUGUUUGAGCAGUGA